GUCAUGGAGGUAAAUAACAGCAUGGGUUGCGAAAUCAACAACUGCUUUCUUAAAAUUGCUUUUUCUUUUGACAAUUUUGAGCCAGACAAACAUUAUGAACAAAUUGAAAGCUUUCUAAAGAAGUUAACAAACAAGUUUAAAGAUGCGACAUGCAGAGAGAAAGUAGUCAAGGCUCAUAUUGAGACAAUAGGAAAAGUUCUUUGCAAAUGUAAUGAAAACCUGACAAAAGAUUAUUAUGAGGAUGUGCCGUCUGAAAUAACUGGUUGUAUCACCGAGUGUUACCGAACACUACGUAAUGCGUGUGCUGGAUCUAAGGCAAAUCAAGACCUUGUGGUUGAGUGUUUUCCUAGCUGCUUAGACUGUUGUGAAGCCACAUUAAAACCCUUUGCUCGAUGUUCACCCGAACAAAUGCGGUCCCACCCGAUGUUGGCUGAAGACAAAGUGAUAUUGCUCAGGUGCUGUGUACAGUUCCUAGGAAAUGUGGUGGCCGGACAUACGGAAAACAGCAAGCUAGUUUGGAGACAGUUUUCAAAAAGCUUUAGAUGUCUGCUGUGUGUAGAGGAUGAAAAGCUGACCCAGUAUGUAUGCAUGGCUAUUCACAGCUGUAUUCAGGGGGGAGGGCAAGAUAACGAUUGGUCAUCACGGCUCGGGACUGACCAGGAUUUCCUACAGAUUGUGUGUGACAUCCUCAGCGCUGUGACUGAUACAGACUUGGAGUGGGGGAUAUACGUGGUGGAGGAUGCCAUGAGGAUAAAGGGGGUUCUGGAGGUUAUUGAUCAACAGCAGUCAGAAAAACAAAGGAUAUUUGCUCUAGAAGUACUUCUAGGCGAGCUUAGAAACAUGUCAGAAACAAGGCACUUAGACUCUGACCCCAGUGGUGGGGUUAAAGCCGAGGGGCCGUGUUUGGAGACUCUCCAGUACCUCAGUAAGGAGGUGAUCACUAAAGCUUAUAACAUCCUGAUUGUGGCUAGCCAGGACACUCAGAUGGACAGUACACCGGACUUGCAACCGGAAGUGACAGUAAAGCAAAUAGAGGCCUUAGGUGAGGCAACGUCUAACCAUUCAGUCUAUGGGGCUCUCCAGGAUGACGCUGAUCUUCUUACAUCUUCUGUUUAUCUCCUGGAAGCCAUUCACAAAUUGGGAAAAGACAGCACCAAUGACUUCAGUAGCGUGGUAAAGUUAAACUCGGACGAAGUGGACACUGACCAUCCCGUGUUUGGCUUGAGAAAGGACCUUAUCAGACUCAUCGGUAACAUGUGUUUCCGGCACAAACCAAACCAGGAACGGGCUGCGAACCUCAACGCCUUACCUUUAAUAUUGGACCAAACCAACAUUGACAAGAAAAAUCCAUAUAUUACGCAGUGGGCAAUUCUGGCUGUGCGGAACAUUUGCGAAGAUUCUCCUAAGAACAGGGCGGUACUUGCCGGUCUGAAAAAGCAGGGACUUGCCGACAACUCUGCUGUACUCCGGGAGCUAGGCAUGGAUGCGGAAGUCAGGGAUGACAAAAUCUACGUAACUCCGCCAAAUAAGGAACAGUAAAGAGAGGGGCAAACAUGUUCGUACACCGGAUGGAAAUCUGCCAACGGUACUUCUGGACGAAACUUGUAUGGGAGGGUGAUAUCCUACACCAUGCAGACGAGGAAUGCCGUAAAAGAAUCACUAGAAAUAUGGAGAAGGCAUAAUCUAUUUUAAAACCGUAGACCGUUAUGUAUGUUGAUGAAGAGAACCAAACAAACUAAGUUUUACUGUACAAUAUGGUCGGUUUGUCAAUUUAGGACUCAUCGGGGGAGUUAAGGUUUAUAGAAAGGAAAUUCAUAUUGAAAGUUUCAUGAAGCAUUUGUAAAAAUAUAUGGUAAUGGGAAAGAUGCAUAUGCAAUCCUUCAAAACGUUAAAAAUGUUCAAAUUUGUUUGCUAAAACAGAAACAUUAAUCGUCAAUUAGUAUUUUACAACAGGAGGAGAGAUGGAAACGUUUUCUAGAUGAAUGAAGCCCUUUCUUGUCCUGGUCAGCGUAGAAGGAAAUGAAAGAACCGGUGUGUUACUGAAGUACUUCUCUUAGGAAGUAACGUACAUGUAUGUGGAUGUUAUUGUAAUAUUUUGGUAUCGAAGGUCGUCAUUAAAUAUUUAUUUGUACAUAUCAUAUAUUUUCCUUUUUUUUUUAGAUAGAGGAUUGUCCUCGGGAAUUAGCUUAAUUGAUUAUCUUCGG